GUGACGGUUUCUUCUUCCCUAUCCAUUCCUUGACGGUUUUCUGCGAUCGUUCCUAUAAAGUGCUCGUUAUUUCAAUCAUCCAUUGCUACUGCCAUUAAUUCUAGGUAUUUUCUUAUUUUUUCUAUUUUUGUUUGCAUGUUGUGUAUUCUAUUUCGGUUUCAUGUAUUCUUGUUUUUGAUUUUGAUUUUAUAUUGUUUUAUGUAUUAUGUUCUUAAUUCUAGGUAUUUUCUGAUUUUUCUAAUUGGAGUUUGCAUGUUUUCUAUUCUGUUUUUUAUUAUUAGAUUUUGAAAAAUGGUUAAUACAAGGUCUGAUGAUGAUAUUGAUAAGAGCUUAAAUGAGAUUGCGGCUCAUGCGAAGAAGCCUCAAACUCCUGUUGUUAUGCCUGUUAGCAAGGAAAAACAAAAACGAACUCUGAAAUCUCCUUGUAAGAAAGCUGGUGUUAAGUCUCCUGUAAAGAAAAAACAGAAAAUUAAUGUUCAAUCUGCUUCUGCUUCAGUGAAGAAGGUUAAGAAUGUUACUGGUAAGAAGAAUGUUAAGGUUGUUUCUGAAGAAUCUGAUAAUGAACCUUAUUCAGAUACUGAAAAAAAUGUUCGUCAUAGAAGACCAAAUCGAAGACGCUUAUUUGCUCAUAAAGAUGUUCCUUCAAGUAAUAAUAAGAAUUUUGACUUUGUGGUUGAUCCAAGGAAGCACUUUUUUGGAAAAGUCAAUGUUCCAUAUUCAUUUUCUGUUUGUGCAAAUAUUAGGAGAAUUCUAUCGAAGGAUCAGUUUGUCAAGCUUAAGGAUAGUUGCUUUGGUAUUUUUUUUGAUUUUGAUAGCGCUCUUAUGCAACAUCAGUUGAUACAUUCUUUGAUGUUAAGGGAGGUUUAUUUUUCAGAUGAUAAAGAGUUGUGGUUUGAUAUUUGUAGUAGGAAAAUGAGAUUUAGUAUGUAUGAGUUUGUUAUUCUUACUGGAUUGCGUUGUUUCGGGGAUGAAUCUGAUUAUUCUGAAUUCUGCCAUUCUAGUAGUUUUUGUGAUAAAUAUUUCAAAGAUGAAUCUAAGGUUAGUAGAAAAGUUAUUGAGAAAAAGUUUAUGUCUCGUUGUUGGGAAAAUGAUAAUGAGGACGCUGUGAAGUUUGCUAAGAUAUAUUUGAUUCAGUGUCUUCUAUUAUCUACUCAUUCUGAAACUAGAGUUGAGAUGAAGCUUGUACAUUUGAUUGACUGUGAGAGAUUUGAUGAAUUUCCUUGGGGCAGAUAUAUCUUUGAAAAAACAGUAGGUGCUUUAAAGCAUAAGCUAGUUGGUGUGAGUUCAGAGGAUUACCAAAACAACGGUUAUUUUUACAGAUUAAGCGGAUUUCCGUAUAUUAUUCAGAUAUGGUUUUAUGAGUGCUUGGUUCGUGUACCCGACUUUCUUGUCAAGUUAGCCAAAUCUGAAGCGUCUCCUCGUAUGCUACGUUGGAAACCAAAUGACGUAUCGGACUUAAAGGAUGUGGACUACAAAUUUUUCAAAGAUAGCAUGAUGAAGUUGCAAAGGGUUGCAGUAAUAGUUGCAAAGGGUUGUAAACUGUUUCAUUUUGUAUUUAUCUGA